AGCAUGUGAUAAUAACAUUAUUUUCGUGAUCUCACAUAAGUUUACCUAACUCCCCAAAUGAACCUGUUAAUAUAUUUCUAAUUGUCAGACUCAACAACAAGAAUGGCACUUUUUUUAUUUAACUCCGUCUCAGUCGAUGUAGGGAAUGUAGGGUUUAUUUAUCUUUUUAUAUAUAUUGGAGACAGACUACAAAACAAUAUCAUAAUGAACAUUUAGCUUAGUUAUGAGACUUUACUCCGAAGCUUGCAGAGUGAGGGAGUCAGCACAAAUGAGCGGUUAAUUCAACUAAAUAUGGCGCUAGCUAACGAGCUGUCAUGGCUAGCUAGUUUACGUUGUUAGCAAACAACUGUUUAGCUUCGUAAUAUUAAAACACAUUUAAGACACUGAGCGACAUGGGCAUCUGACUUCAGUCCUCUUUCUCCCAACAUGCCGGAUGUCUCCUCAACUUCCUCGGCUACCUCAGUAACAUCUGAAAUUGCCAGUUUAGUCACCUCAGAGAUACUCAAUCGGGUUUCUUUAAACAUUGACGAGCUGAAGCAGUCUAUCUCCAGAUGGGAGGCUGAAGACAUUGAUAACACAUCAUCACCUGAUUGUGUUAAUCGAAAAGUGGAGAAGGAGUUGGAGAGAUUUUUUGGCCUCCGGCGUGUCUUUGCAGAGCACCAAGGAGAGACGUUGGAAGUCUCCAACAAAGACAUUGUGGAGAAGGAGCUGGAGAGAUGUGUUGGCCUCCGGCGUGUCUUUGCAAAGCACCAAGGAGAGACGUUGGAAGUCUCCAACAAAGACCUUGUGGAGAAGGAGCUGGAGAGAUGUGUUGGCCUCCGGCGUGUCUUUACAGAGCACCAAGGAGAGACGCUGGAAGACUCCAACGGAGAUCUUGUCACUGAGAUGAAUUCAACAUCAGGACCCUCAGGACAAAAAGGACAGGAUGUAUCCACAACUGUCACAACCCAUACACCCUGUAUAUCUAACAGGAGAAAUCAGAAAUCUGCAGGCAGUCAUGAGAUAAACACCUUGAAGAAGAUGAAGCCUGCAUGCAAGCCAUGCUUCAAAUCAAAACCGAAGAGAUUUGAUUCAAAAUAUGUCUCUGCAUGUCCCGAAGAGGUGUCUCCCUCUGCCCCUGUUGCCUCCAGUAAGGACAUCAAGGCUGUUGAGAAAACUCAGCUGAACUCUGUCCCUCUGGACAAGGUCCCACCAACUUUGUCCCCCACUGGCUCAUCAUCGGUGAAACAUAUUGAAGUGAGGUCUCCUGUCAUGGAUGAAGACCUACUCACAAACACAGGACCCACACACGUCCACAUGGCCGCUGAGCAAGUGAAGAAAAAAUCCACAAACAGGACAUCCAGCUCUGUGUCUCGUAAGUUCAUUAAUGAUAUGAAGCUUGAGGACGUCACACCAAAGAUGGAAAAGGUCCCACCAACUUUGUCCCCCACUGGCUCAUCACCGGUGAAACAUAUUGAAGUGAGGUCUCCUGUCAUGGAUGAAGACCUACUCACAAACACAGGACCCACACGCGUCCACAUGGCCGCUGAGCAAGUGAAGAAAAAAUCCACAAACAGGACAUCCAGCUCUGUGUCUCGUAAGGUCAAUAAUGAUACGAAGCUUGAGGACGUCACACCAAAGAUGGAAAAGGUCCCACCAACUUUGUCCCCCACUUGUUCAUCACCGGUGAAACAUAUUGAAGUGAGGUCUCCUGUCAUGGAUGAAGACCUACUCACAAACACAGGACCCACACACGUCCACAUGGCCGCUGAGCAAGUGAAGAAAAAAUCCACAAACAGGACAUCCAGCUCUGUGUCUCGUAAGGUCAUUAAUGAUACGAAGCUUGAGGACAUCACACCAAAGAUGGAAAAGGUCCCACCAACUUUGUCCCCCACUGGCUCAUCAUCGGUGAAACAUAUUGAAGUGAGGUCUCCUGUCAUGGAUGAAGACCUACCCACAAACACAGGACCCACACACGUCCACAUGGCCGCUGAGCAAGUGAAGAAAAAAUCCACAAACAGGACAUCCAGCUCUGUGUCUCGUAAGGUCAUUAAUGAUAGGAAGCUUGAGGACGUCACACCAAAGAUGGAAAAGGUCCCACCAACUUUGUCCCCCACUGGCUCAUCACCGGUGAAACAUAUUGAAGUGAGGUCUGCUGUCAUGGAUGAAGACCUACCCACAAACACAGGACCCACACGCGUCCACAUGGCUGCUGAGCAAGUGGAGAAAAAAUCCACAAACAGGACAUCCAGCUCUGUGUCUCGUAAGGUCAUUAAUGAUACGAAGCUUGAGGACGUCACAUCAAAGAUGGAAAAGGUCCCACCAACUUUGUCCCCCACUGGCUCAUCACCGGUGAAACAUAUUGAAGUGAGGUCUGCUGUCAUGGAUGAAGACCUACCCACAAACACAGGACCCACACGCGUCCACAUGGCUGCUGAGCAAGUGGAGAAAAAAUCCACAAACAGGACAUCCAGCUCUGUGUCUCGUAAGGUCAUUAAUGAUACGAAGCUUGAGGACGUCACACCAAAGAUGGAAAAGGUCCCACCAACUUUGUCCCCCACUGGCUCAUCACCGGUGAAACAUAUUGAAGUGAGGUCUGCUGUCAUGGAUGAAGACCUACCCACAAACACAGGACCCACACGCGUCCACAUGGCCGCUGAGCAAGUGAAGAAAAAAUCCACAAACAGGACAUCCAGCUCUGUGUCUCGUAAGGUCAUUAAUGAUACGAAGCUUGAGGACGUCACACCAAAGAUGGAAAAGGUCCCACCAACUUUGUCCCCCACUGGCUCAUCACCGGUGAAACAUAUUGAAGUGAGGUCUGCUGUCAUGGAUGAAGACCUACCCACAAACACAGGACCCACACACGUCCACAUGGCCGCUGAGCAAGUGGAGAAAAAAUCCACAAACAGGACAUCCAGCUCUGUGUCUCGUAAGGUCAUUAAUGAUACGAAGCUUGAGGACGUCACAUCAAAGAUGGAAAAGGUCCCACCAACUUUGUCCCCCACUGGCUCAUCACCGGUGAAACAUAUUGAAGUGAGGUCUGCUGUCAUGGAUGAAGACCUACCCACAAACACAGGACCCACACGCGUCCACAUGGCCGCUGAGCAAGUGGAGAAAAAAUCCACAAACAGGACAUCCAGCUCUGUGUCUUGUAAGGUCAUUAAUGAUAUGAAGCUUGAGGACGUCACACCAAAGAUGGAAAAAGUCCCACCAACUUUGUCCCCCACUGGCUCAUCACUGGUGGAAUAUAUUGAAGUGAGGUCUCCUGUCAUGGAUGAAGACCUACUCACAAACACAGGACUCACACACGUCCACAUGGCCGUUGAGCAAGUGGAGGAAAAAUCCACAAGCAGGACAUCCACUUGA